CGAGCUCCAGGCCUACAGAUUGUCAUCUGUGCCUCGUCAUUCGUUUGCCCUUUCCCCCCGUUGUGGGUAGUCGCUCGUUUUCAAAAUGCGAUUCCUCGCAACUUUCUCUGCUAUCCUGCUAGCCCCAACGGCUGUUUUCGCUGCAUGGGGUUACACUGACGAUGGCAAGAAUUACAUUAUCGAUACCAACGCGAACCUAGUGGUGAGCGUCAGCAAGACGAAUGGCGACAUGAACUCUAUCAAAUACCGCGGCGUAGAAUACAGUGGACAGAACGGAAAGUACUCGCACGUCGAGUCCGGUCUCGGCGCAUCCACUGUGGCCAUCAAACAGUACACUUCGCCUGCGAACAUCAUCAAGGUGACUGUCAAGUAUGGAACACUCCUCCACACGCUCGUCUUCCGUUACGGCAACCCCAACGUCUACAUCUUCAUGAAUAAAGCCGACACCAGUGUCACCGUCUCGCGCUACAUCCUCCGCAUCCCGCCCAACAUCUUCACCAACAAUCCGAACGAGGACACUGACUGGAUCCCUGACGGUGCCACUGCUAUCGAAUCUGGCGACGUUGACGGCAAGUCAGGUCAGACCUGGUCCAAACAUUACUCAGGCAAGAGAUAUGGCCGGACAAUCGACUAUGACUAUGUGGGCUACACCAACAAGAACGUGGGAAUGUUCAUGGUUCGCUCGAACCACGAGAAGGCAUCUGGUGGCCCAUUCUUCAGGAGCUUGAUUCGCCGUGGUGGAUCGGGAGGCCCUGAUCUCUACGAUAUCUACCACUACAACAUGGGCCACACUGAUGUAAUGCGUUUCGGACUCCAAGGUCCUUCAGUCCUCACUUUCACCGACAACGGCGCUGCUCCCAAUGCGAACCUCUUCGCCCGCAAGGCAGACUGGGGAUGGUUUGACAGCCUCGAGAUCGCCGGUUGGGUGCCCCAGUCCAAGAGAGGCGCCGUUGCCGGCGUCGGCCUCUCAAACAUGAAGUCUGGCUACCAGUACGUUGUGGGGCUGAAGAACGACGCCGCUCAGUAUUGGACCAUUACCACUGGAGCUUGGAGGAUCUCUGGUGUCCUGCCUGGGACGUAUACUUUGACCGUAUAUAAAAGCGAGCUCGAAGUGCACACCGAAUCUGUCACCGUCACGGCCGGGGGCACAGUGACGAAGAACACAAUCGCCUGCGUGGACCCGCAGGACACGACUGCUAUCUGGCGCAUCGGCGACUGGGAUGGCACUCCAAAAGGCUUCCUCAACUUCCUCGACACCCCCAUGAAACCCACCUACAUGCACCCCUCCGACACCCGCCUCGCCAAAUGGGAUGCCUCCAACUUCAUCGUCGGCGCCUCCCAAGCCUCAAACUUCCCGGGCUACAUCUGGAAAGACAUCAACAACGACCACCUCGUGUACUUCAAGCUAACCGCCAACCAGCUAAAGAAAGGCGCAAAGAUCCGCGUCGGCGUCACGGAAGGCAUGGCUGGCGGACGGCCCGCCAUCGCAGUGAACAGUUGGACGGCACCCCUCCAGGCGGACAAGGGCCAGGGAGAUACUAGGUCCCUGACUGUAGGCACGUACCGUGGGAACAACUAUAUCUAUGAGUAUAGUGUGCCGACGUUGGCGUGGAUACAGCAAGCGAACGAGUACCAGACGCUGAAGAUUAGUGUUAUCUCGGGGAAGACGGCGACGGGGUAUUUGAGUCCAGGGAUCUCUGUGGACGCUAUCGACAUGAUUGCCGUCUAGAGUGGUUGAAGAGCGGAGGAUCGUGCGCGCUCUGCCGUUCCACACGUAGUGCGCUAGUAUUGUACCUAAUUUCGUUCGAGAUACCCAAAAGUAACAU